GAAAAGAAUAACUUUGAACAAGAAAUAAAAAAAAUAUAUAAAAAUAAAAAUAAAUAAAGGAGAGGAAACAGACUCCAGCUCAAACCAGUUAUUAAGCUGACUCUCCGACCGAUCCCAAAAACAUUAUAAUCUUGCGACGUCAGGAACGGCGAACGUUUGUAUAAUCUGUGGAAUCUUCUCAUUUUUUCGAUUCCAAUUCUCAUCAAUUCGAUAUUCAUAGCUGAUACGAUAAUAUUGCUAUAAUUCUUUUCUUUUUUGAAAAAAAAAAAGAAGAAUUCGUAGCCGCAAUUAAGGCUGCAUGUGCUGUUUUUAUUCGAUUAGGAUUAGUUGAAUUUCGCCCCAAACGGGCAGAAUUUUGGUCCGUAGAUCUGAAAUCUGAGUAGGUUUUGUUUGUGAAUUUGUUUUUUUCUGUUAUUUGGGGGAAUCCUGUUAUUUGAUUGAGUGGGAGAAUGCUACAAGAUUCGGCGUCGGAGGCUGACCCGGACGAAGGUGACACCGAACCAGAAUUCGUUGAGGUUGAUCCAUCCGGUCGCUACGGUCGGUACAGGGAGGUACUUGGCAAAGGAGCUUUCAAAAAAGUUUAUAAAGCAUUUGAUGAAUUGGAAGGAAUCGAGGUGGCUUGGAAUCAGGUUAAAGUCUCUGAUCUCUUGCGGAACUCGGUGGAUUUGGAGCGGUUGUAUUCUGAAGUGCACUUGCUUAAGACCCUUAAGCAUAAAAAUAUUAUCAAAUUCUACAACUCAUGGGUUGAUACCAGGAACGAGCAUAUCAACUUCAUUACUGAAAUUUUCACAUCUGGGAAUCUACGACAGUAUAGGAAGAAACAUAAGCAUGUUGACGUGAGGGCCUUGAAGAAAUGGUCCAGACAAAUCCUAGAGGGGCUUCUGUAUCUUCAUAGUCAUGAUCCUCCAGUUAUUCAUCGCGACCUGAAGUGCGAUAACAUUUUUGUGAAUGGAAAUCAAGGGGAGGUGAAAAUUGGUGAUCUGGGGUUGGCUGCUAUUCUUGAGCAGGCUCGUGCUGCCCACAGUGUAAUUGGCACACCGGAAUUCAUGGCACCAGAGCUUUACGAGGAGGAAUAUAAUGAGCUCGUUGAUAUAUAUGCCUUUGGUAUGUGCUUGCUGGAGCUAGUGACCCUUGAGUAUCCAUAUAUCGAAUGUGCCAAUGCUGCACAGAUAUAUAAGAAAGUGACUGCAGGAAUCAAGCCUGCGUCACUAGUAAAAGUAAAGGAUCCUGAUGUCCGGAUAUUCAUAGAGAAAUGCAUUGCAAAAGUCUCUGAUCGAAUGUCAGCCAAACAACUACUGAUGGACCCAUUUCUACUAUCAGAUGACGAUCCUGGGAGUGUAUGUCGUCCUCUACACCAAUCUUCAGAUGAUUAUGCCAACCAGUUUGAUGCUGAAAAUCACCAUGAAGACUCUCUGUUUGAGGGCAGUCGAGAUUUUGUGGUGCAGGGUCAAAGAAAAGACCACAACACAAUAUUCUUGAAACUUCGCAUAGUGGAUUCAUCAGCUCAGGUCACAUUCGGAACAUUCACUUCCCAUUUGAUAUUGAGAUGGAUACCUCAACUGAUGUUGCUAGUGAAAUGGUUGAAGAGCUGGAUUUGACUGAUCAUGAUGUCUCAGUUAUUGCUGCAAUGAUUGAUUCUGAAGUUCAGUCCCAUAUUCCUGAUUGGGCACCAAGGGAAUUAUCUAGCAGAAAUAAAGCAACUUUAGAAGGCGGUGGUUCUAGGCCUGCUUCUCCGGCAACCACAGAGUCCUCCAAUCAGAUUGUUAUGGAAAGACUGCCAUCUGGGCGCAAGUAUUGGUGCGACUCACCAAAAGCUAGCGCUGGAAACUCUCCACAUAAACCCGGCCCUUCUAACCUGCUGCUGCCAGAAUCGAAUGUAUGGUCUGAUGAAAAUAAUCAAUCUCCUGUUCGUCAUAGAGAUAACAUUAGUUCAUAUGAAGGUUCCCCUCUAAGGCAUGUGGAUUGUGAUUCUGAUCACGACGGCUGUGCCAAACUGGAAGCUGAUUCAGUGCCUAGUAAUUUACAAUCUGGCGAUGUCGACCAUGGUAAUGAUGCAUCAGACGACGAGUCACUAUCUUUGGGAGAAAAUACAAUUCCAAGUGAAAAUGAUUCAGAUGACAUAAAGUAUAUUAUUGAGAAGCUUGAGCAUCUGCUGGAUGAUCAGCAGAAGGAGCUAGAAGAACUUAAGGAGAAGCAUGAACUAGCAAUUACAAAUAUUCUAAACGAACUUCCUGAGGAAAUUCGUCUGAGAAUUCUUAGCAUUUGCAACCGGAACAGAUCAGAACAUAAUUUUCAUUACAGGGGAACGCCGUUUGAUGACUGAAUUGUUGGAUUGAUCUUCCUUGAUAACUCAAGUCUUGCAGUCUUACUCUUCUAACAUCAGCGUUGAAACAGAAGGUCAGUUGUUGAAGGGCGUAUGCACAGACCAUUUCCCAGAUGAUAUCUGAUCGUAUACUAUAACAGUGAUUCUAAGAGAUGAUUCUACAGUAUCAUGCUUGUUCGACUUACAUUAUGGAGCUCGUUGAAAGGCUAACGCUUGUCAAAAUGCCUAGCAAUCAAGUCGUCUAAUCUGGUAAACAGUUUGAACCCCUUUCACGCAUUUUUCUUGAAUCGGUAGGUCCUCUAGUUUUCCUAUAAAGUAUACCUGUACAGAUUCAUGUUUUUCUUGUCCAACACGAAGGCUUUCGAGAUCAGAAAGCCUGUGUCUUUUUGGGUUUUGUGAGCUAUAUUUGUGCCUCAUAGUGCAUGGAGGCUGUUAGUGUGGUACAUUCUAAAACUUAAUGUAUGUUUGAUUGCUGAUGGGUUUUGGACAUGAAAUCAUUUGUACACAGAAUAAAUGUUAUUUGAUUAUAUUUUUUUAAUCAUA